AUGGCCGCCAUAGCAAAGGAAAAUGAUAAGAGAGAUAGUACACAGGAAAAUGAUGAGAGAGAUUGUACACAGGAAAAUGAUAAGAGAGAUUGUACACAGGAAAAUGAUAAGAGAUGGGCAGAUUCUGUAUUAACGAUGGUAAGAUCUGUCGACAGUCCUUAUGGUGGUUAUGUUCAACCAUGUAGCAUUUCGAUAGUUCCAGAAGGACUUGAAGAAUUGAAUGAGGAUGCUUACGUGCCAAAGGUUGUCUCCAUGGGACCCCGAUACAGGGGAACCAAGGAACACUUGGUGCUAAUGGAAAAGAUAAAAUUGCACUGCAUGUCGUCUCUCCUUCACCGAAGUAAGGGAACGACAGCACCGCUAUGCUUGGAGGAAUGCACCAAAGCCAUUUUGGAAUUAGAUGAAGUAGUUCGAGCAAGCUACGUAGUUGACAUCAAACUCACCAGGUACGAACUCGCCCAAGUUAUGUUAGUAGAUGGGUGCUUUUUGCUAGAGCUUCUCAUAUCAAAGAAUUCCAAAUUGAAUAAAGAUCUAAAAAGCCGCUUGGAGCCUGCUGGUCCUGGACCUGAAGUGAUAAAACACGAAGAGGUCUUGUCCGAUCUUAUACUGUUAGAGAACCAAAUACCGGUUCUCGUUCUCCACGAGUUGUCUCGAAUACUUUUCCCCAGCGAGUUCACAAAAAAAGAUAGUGUGGCCGUAAUUAAUGGUCUUGCCUUGUCUCUAUUAGGCCUCCAAGAGUUUCCCAGCCCUGAUGAUAAUUCCCCUCACCUUCUUGAACUCGUCCACUCUUCCAUUGUGAAAGGUAAGGAAGUAAUUAUACAACCUGAGGAAACUAAGCCAUAUAUGUCGCUAGUUGUCAAGAAUCCUGGGGAGGUGAAACUGAAGCGCUGUGCUACAAGGCUCCAAGCUGCUGGGGUUACUAUCAAACUCCCAUCCAGAUAUACAAACCCUGCCAGUUUGAAAGGCAACUCUUUUGGUCGUAUGCUUGGGAAUAUGUUUGGGGCUAAGCAAGUUGAUAUGCCUGCAGUACUGGAAUUUAAAAAUUUGGACUUUGACAUUAAAUUCAAUGAAGGUACACUAGAAAUUCCACAGCUGCAUAUCACAAAAACAACAAAAGCCAGGUGGCGCAAUGUCAUUGCUUGGGAGCAUUAUAAAAAGGACUGGAGGAAUUCUUCCAUGACACGACGACAGAUAGAAGCUUCGUAUCAUGGCUCAACGGCUCUGACUUUCAGCUACUCUGCAUUGUUUUUUAAUGGAUUGAUCUGCUGUGCCGCUGAUGUUCAACUUCUUAAGGACAAUAAUAUUAUUGUGGAUCAUUUGAAGAUGAAAGAUCAAGAUCUGAAGGACUUUUUCUUUGCCAUCUCAAAGGGAAUUGACCAUGAAAUGUGGGACGCGAAAGGUACUCAACUUUUUGAUGAUUUGAACAACUACUCGGCAGCAUAUCGCGUCAUCCGAAGCUGCAAAAUAUGGUGGCAUAAUUUCAUUCCCUAUUUCGCAAAACAAAUAGAAAAGCUUAUUAAGUUUAUGAAGACCGACUACAACUUUGUUGCUGUAGUGUUGUCCGCUCUCGCUAUUCCGCAAACUAUUUAUGCAAUCGUCUCCUAUUAUCAACACAAAUAA